GUUCUCAUGAUUCCUUCUAUAAAAUCCAUUAAUAUCCCCCCAUUCCAUUCCUCAAAUUGCUUCAUUCAUUCGUCAAUAUCAAUCCAGAUUGUCUCUUAAUCAUUCUUUCAUUGAUCUUUUUCGAGAAUUUUGAGUUAGUAAUGAAAUUGUAGUGUUAUUUAGUAAAAAAAAAUUGAUCCUUUGUUUUUGAUUCUUUUUGGGUGUUUUGAUUGGCCGUUCUUUUAUUGUGACGUCCCGGGAUUAAGCGAGAGUUUUAUAGAGAGAUACUGUGAAUGGAAGAAGGCAACGCGAUGAUCAAGUUCAAGAGAGUGUGUGUGUUCUGUGGUAGCAACUCUGGCCACAGACAAAUCUUUAGUGAUGCUGCUCUUGAAUUGGGCGAUGAACUGGUGAAGAGAAAGAUAGAUUUGGUUUAUGGUGGUGGAAGCGUGGGAUUGAUGGGCUUGAUGUCCCAGAAAGUGUAUGAUGGAGGUUGCCAUGUUCUUGGGGUCAUUCCAAAGGCUCUCAUGCCUCUUGAGAUUUCCGGUGAAACUGUUGGAGAAGUAAGAACUGUUUUAGAUAUGCAUGAGCGUAAAGCUGCAAUGGCCCGAGAAGCUGAUGCCUUUAUUGCUCUUCCUGGAGGAUAUGGAACCAUGGAAGAACUACUGGAGAUGAUAACUUGGUCCCAACUUGGAAUUCAUAAGAAACCGGUUGGUCUGCUAAACGUUGAUGGCUACUAUGAUUGUCUGCUUGCUUUAUUUGACAAUGGUGUGAAAGAGGGUUUCAUAAAGCCUGGAGCUCGUCAUAUCAUUAUUUCUGCUUCCACAGCCAAAGAACUUCUGGAAAAGAUGGAGCUGUUCGCUCCCUCCCAUGAACACGUUGCUUCUCAUGAAAGCUGGCAAAUGGAGCAACUUGGUGAUUAUCCAAGGAAACAAAAUUCACAGUGAAAUGUUGGUGGUGUAGUCUAUCUUAUACAUUUGACUGUGAUGUGAUUCAUCAUCACUUGAGCUGCGAACAAUUUCUGAAAUGUGGCCACAGUUGGUCAUAUCAAUCUGUCAAUGUCAUUGAGUUCUAUUAGAAUUAUGCAUUCUGUUUCACAAUGUUGGUCUAUGCCAUGAUCAAUUGAGCCACUGUUCUAUGGUCUAUAUGAUUGUCACCUAAUCAAAACGAAUAUAUACUUUGAAAUGAACCAUAGAUGGUGAGCAGUUA